AUGAUCUCUGUUCCAAAGAACUGUGAAACAAUCACUGGCUUUGACCGCUUGCGCGUUUUCUCAUCCCCCCUUCUCUCCUUCUUUCCUCCCACCAUCACAACUCUAUUCCCCCCAAUACACAUUCAGUCGCCCUCCUUAACUUCCAAGCUCUACAUUGCAUACGCCCUCAACUCAGCAGGGUCUGAAAGUCUAGACUUGGUCGUUCUCUCUCUCGUAUCAUCAAAAGCAACAAAAUCAAAUUUCCUGGCGCAAUCGUCUUUCAACACGGUCGACGCUCAACGUGUCCAGGGGCGCCAGCACGAAAAGCUGUUCGAAAUGCUCAACGAUUUGCACUACUUCAGUGGCGUCCGUACUCGAGAUGACAUGAGGGGCGAACUACAAGAGCACACCAGACUCAUGGGCAGCAUCAUGAAUCUUCCUGCCGACCGCAUCGCCGCUCAAACCGAUCACCAGAAGCGCAUGUUGCAAGUCGUCGUCUUCGACUCGCCUCCCAUGAAGGCCAAGGACUCCAAGUCUCGCUGCCUCGCCCAUCUCGCCAUCCUUGACAUUGUCAACGAUGAACGCGAAGGCUUCAUGCAAGAUAAAGAACGUUGCUGCCUCGCUUUUGGUUGUGCAAAGGAGCAAAUGAUCGUCAUCACCGGCACUUUGGCCAAGGUCAGAGAUGAUGCCACGACCCAGGUCGUCAAAGACGCAACCGAUGGUGACAACGUCAAGACCAUCACUCUCAGUCGCCCCCUCCUCCACUGGGCUCACCUGUUCGUGAAUAUCGGUUGCCAGUUUUCGUGUGUCCCUCCUGAGUUCGACAUUCCUGCCGAUCUCGCCUUCUAUGGUCAAGCAGAGUGA